UGAGCAGAAGUCAUGAAGCUGAAGCACUAGUGUCUUCAUUUUGUUGGGUUCCUGCUAGCAGCGACACACUUUUCUGGCUGUUAAACCUCAACUUUGAAACCAAAAUGUCUCGUGGAUCUUGCGUGAGACUGAUCUUGCUCUCAUUGACUUUCUGUCAGCAUGCAAAUGUACUGAGCUACAGAAGUGGAGGCUCCUAUGGCGUUCAGCCUUUCUUUGAUUAUUCUGGAAGCUCCAGUCACAGUCGAGGUGGAAAAGUAGAUAGUAACAGUCCAGAGGGAAGUGUGUCUAGCUACAGGCCUCGCUCAUUGAACAUUCAACAAAACUCCCAGAAGCCUCUUCAAACUAACCCAGAUGGAAAUGGUGUGCUCCAGACCAAAGCUGGCAUGUGGGAUUUGCUGUUACCCCAGAAUGGAAAAAGAUUUGAGUCUGGUAUUGCUUCAAGUCGUGGAAUUGUUAUCCAAUCUGCCGCCCCGUCCAGGGUUGACCAGCCCGCUGCCCCGUCCAGGGUUUACCAGCCCCCGCCCCGCCCCGUCCAGGGUUUACCAGCCCGCCGCCCCCCCGUCCAGGGUUUGACCAGCCCGCCGCCCCGUCCAGGCUUCGACUGUUUGAAACUCAGCCAGCUUCACCAUCUGAUCCCAGAUCUUCCUCCGCUGGCCUCGGACCAGCCACCGGAACUCCGGUUUAGGGCCAAACGUCUGCAGGUUUCCCCUCUCAGCAGCAGUGGAAACUCUUUGGCACAUGGUCGUUCUGCUACUGCUGCAGAGGGACACCAGAGUCUGAGUGAUUCUGCAUUCUAA